CUGUGUGUUGUGGGUUUUGCUGUAGUGUUGUAGGACUGCUGCAGACACAUAUUCUACGUCUCUGCCCGCGACUCAUUUCACACCGGAAGGAAGAUGGCACCGGGCUCGAGUAACAAUCAGAACAACAAUGCAAAUAACAACAACCGGCAGACGGGCACCAAACCGAAGUCGAAAUCGUCGAAGAAAAAUUCGGUUCCGCAAGAAAUGGUUGCCCCGACACGAAGGGAUCUCCAGCAGCAGCUAAAUGUACUCGUCGAUUGGGCGACCGUUUCCGGUGCUACGUCGGUGGUGCAGAACAACCAUCCGCCUCAACAGCAGCAGCAGCAGCAGCAGCAGCAUUACACCAGUACUCAGCCAUCUACUAGUGGACAGCAGCAACAAGGGCAGAAUAUUCUGCUCAAACCGCGCAACAAUCGUACUCCGGGCGAAGGCACCUGUUACGAAAUCGAUAAUCUCUCACUGCAAGAUAACAGCCGGUACAUACCAGUGCGGCCUAUCGUAAGAAGAAACCUGUUGAACGAAGGUGCUAGUGGAGAGCAAAACGAACCACAUAAUACAACCGUGGGAGUCGUUAUUCCUACGACACCGAAUUCAACCCUUCAACAGACUUUCCGUCUAAGCGAAGGAGCUUCCGGGGGAGCAGCGGCAGGUUCUACCAACACUGGCACCUACAAUUGGAGCAUUAACAAUUUGUUGCAUAACAGCGCGGGAAAUAGUAAUCCACAUCAAACACACGGCGGAACCGGCGGAACUUCCGAUGCAGUUAACACUACCGGUGUUAUACCGAAGCAGCAACAACAGCAACAGCAGCAUAUUUUGAAUCCCUUACUUUUGCUGCAACACCAGCAGGCACAGGCUGGCCAUUCCCGGUCGACUUCUUCACCAUUGAGCUAUCGCGUGCCAGACGGUGCAUCCCAGAAUCAGCUGAAUUUGAAUAAGAACUCGAAUCAGCAUCAACAGCUACAACAGCAAAAUCAUUUGCUUGCUGCUGCCGUUCCGUCUACUUCUUCUGGAUCCCGUUACGGCGCGGUUUCAUCAUUUAACGCUGCACAACCUUUCAGCACCGCUAAUAGUGGUGGCAGUGUUGUGAGUACGGUCGAGGACACCUUGAACCAGAUCCAGGAGUACAUCAAGCUGACCACAAACCUGAUCUCAUCGGUGCAGAUCGAUAACCUGAACGGUGGUCCUCGGCCACAGUCCGUGCAAAGCAUCAGCACGAAUCAAUCGACGACACCGGUCCCACCAUCGGCUUCGGCUGACGAGCUACGCUAUCGUAUGGAAACGCAGUCGAAAAAUAUGCAAGCAUUGAAGGAACAGCAGGCGCAUCUGCUUCGAUUGCAGCAGGCGGCUCGCCAGCAGCUGCAGGAGAUGGAAUCGAUUCGGCAGCAGCACGUGGCCAACGUGGCACCGCCCGUGGAGUCGUUCCAGACGGUCGAGCAGGUUCAGGACGGUAUCGGCAGCAUCAUGGAGCGGAUGCGCGUCCUUUCGACGUUCAUUCAAAACCAGCAGGAACUGAGCAACAUGCUUGGAGGUGACAACGAGGAUGUGAUGGCCGAUCAGGCUAUGCUGCAGCAAAAGUUUCAGGAACUGCGUGAUAAAAGAAGCCAAAUGCACAACCUGGUGUCGGAGCUGCAAAACAUGAACGUGGACGCGAGUCGCCAGUUUGAGGGUGGAGUUGAGACGGGCGAGCAUUCGCGCUCGGUACCGAUCGAGCUUACGCACGCCCCGGCCUCGGCUGCCGAUGCACGGAAUGCGACGAAAACGUUCCUCAACGGGUUGGUUGGGGCCACUGCCACCGGUUUGGUGGAAGUUUCCGGUGGUUCGUCCAAUGCGACUUCGAAAGUGACUUCGCAACAUCGGCCGCUGGUGGAUGGGUUGAGAAAUGGCAAUGGACAUGUGGCGAUGGGCGGCGAACACGUCCAUGACGAGGACGAUGAGGACGAAGAUGGGCCACUCAAUGAGGAGGAAUCGGCCGUCCUCACCGGUACGGCGGACAUGCUGAGCGAGAAGAUCAACGAGAUCAAUGCGAUGAAAUCGCAGCUGCGUCGGUUGAAGGAGAUGAUGGAUACGGUGAAGUUGAUUGAGCAGAAAACGGGCCAAGAAUCGAUCGACGAGGAGGACGAAGAGGAGGAAGAAGAGGACGCUCCGGAAGAUGACCCGGAGGAGGAUGAACCUGAGGAUGAGCGCGAUGCCGGUGGAUUGGCAGCAGCCGCGAUCGUUAUGCAGCAUCGGCAGCGACGGAGCCGCUCGCGUUCGAUGAGUUCCGCGCCGAUAACAUUGCUACCGAAUGGCACCACCAUACCAAAUUCGUCCGCCGAAGCGGACUUCGGAAACAAUGAUAUGUCCAACCAGGAGCGCGAGCAGUUGAACAAACGCGUAGCGGCCCUCCAGGCGAUGACGCACGAUUUGCGCGAACAGGCCAAGUCGAUCGCCGUCGAAAGGGAUCGUUUGAAGCAUGCUAGAAACGAUUUACAAAAGCGAAGGAACAAUGUGGUGGAACUGCAGCAGCAGGCACAAACGAGUGAAAAGCUAACCAAUCACGUGGCAUCGUUUGUGUCGCUAGCGGCGGGUCCAAGCGGUGCAAGGGGAUCUUCGUUAGGACCGAAGGAACGGCAGCAGAUGGAGCUGAAGGCUGAGCUGGAGAACAAACGGCGUGAGUUGGAACGAAUCGAAAAGAUGACUCAGAGUAUCAAGAAGAAUGCCGAAUUCGCACGAUCUUCCGCGGGGGUUGAUGUGCCGGAUGAUCCGGAAGUUGGCGGCUCGGAAGCCGGUGCGGUGAAAGCGGCACCACUUGGCCCGUCGUCUGUGGUGUCCUCUUCGGUGGAUUCGUGUAGCGGCGGUGAUCGAGGUUCGCUCCACCGUGGAACACCCAUGAUCCACCCGCUCAUACCACCCCCUCCAGCCCCUUCCGCCAUCAGCGGAUCACUGCAGAACAAUACGGCCGGUAGUAACGCAACGAAUGACUCGAAGACGAACUCGGCCGACUCGGGUGUCACGUCGGACAUUUUCGCCCAAGCACAGCUGGAAUCGGCCAGCUAUCAGUCGAGCAGUACGCGCAGCUUCCCUCCACCGAUGCCGGACAUUUGCAAUCGUAACACGGCCGCCGAUCGAUACCGUUCGAAGCGUGGCGGAGGGGGCGCCGGUGGAAGUGUGGAUGUCGAUGGAGAGGGCGCGGCAGCAGUAGGCGCGUCGUCGUCGGCCGCAGCGGCCGGUGGUAUGCGGGACCACACCUCACCGUGGCCAGUGUUUGGUCCGAGUACCGGAGCAGGCAUGUCCAGUUCCAAUACCGGACCUCACAGUCCACACUACGGACAUCCGAUGUAUGGUGGUGGCAUGCAUGAUCUUUCGCACCAUCACCACGCCGCCGGAGGAGGGUACGGCGGUGGUGCUUACGGUAGCAGCUGGAGUACCGGCGGAGGACCGUAUGGAGUGGCUGCCAAUUUGUUGCCCCCGCAUGCCACUACCCCGAACACACCGCCCGAUCCAAUCGUUUUCCAGCACAUCAUGCAAACGCAGCAGAUGCUCAUGAACUCCAUUACGCAGUGCAAUCAAUUGCUAUGGAUUCAGCAGCGUGAAAUUAACAAUCUCAACAACGCGGUGCUAUUGCUCCAGGAGAGGAUACUUGGUACAAACAGCAGCCUGUUGCUUCAGGAAGGACACGUGGGCGCCUCACUGAUUCGGGCCGAGUCUACACCGCCCAACAAUGGCUCGAACAUGAACAUGUCGAAUGCGGCCCCUGCAGGCAGCAGCAGCAUGUAUGCAAGGGCACGUUCCGAGCAACCGAUGAUGUCGUCGCACCACAGCCAGCAGCAGCAGCAGCAGCCACAAAUCUCUCCCUACACCCACUAUCCGCAAAAUCCGCAGGUCCUUCCCACAUCCCACGGCCCUUCCUCCGGUGCUUUGCUUCAGCAACAAGCAUCGCAGCUUGCUAUCCAAGCAUUUAGCCACCAUAUCCAACAAGCGCCGUACAGUCCGCUUGCCGCUCACUCGAUGCUGUCACCGCAGCUACUGGCGACCACAGCCGGCACGGUUCAACCUUCAGGUGGCCAGUGCGGUGCGGUAAACCAGCAGAUACAGCGUAACAAUACUAACCUUUCCCAAAUCGGCCUGCCACCUAGUGGUCGCUCGUUUCGUAGCAGUGUGCGUCCGCUUAACAUAAACACACUUAACAAUGCACUGUACGAUGAUGGUCAAGUGGGGCAGGGCAUGGCGAACAACAAUGUGCUUAACACUUCCGCUUCAGCCACCAACGCAAACGAGACUUCCGGGCCGGGUUUGGUGAGCGAAUACGGUGCACCACUGUCACACCAUCACCAAUCGCUGGGAACCGCUGGUGCACCCAACAUGAUCAACAAUCUCUGCUCGCAAAGCUCGCAACCGACCACACCGACUCCGGCCACCACCAUGCUUCCGCCGCAAUCGACACGCUUCGGGCAAAACUUUAACAACCUAAACAACAACGUGAACAACAAUCUCUCCAACAAUGCCAAUGCCGCUGCCGUGAACAAUAUGCAACACCAGCAGCAACAGCAACAUCAUCAUUCGACGCAGCAAAACAAUCUGUACGGCCAGCCGCAGCAGCAGCAGCAGCAAGAUUCUUCCUCCCAGCAGCAGCAGCAAACGCAAGCUCUCAACAAUCAGGUGCUGCCGGGAGUGAGGGCCAAUAAUUAUUGGGAUAACUUCCGAAGCUAUUCAAGACAAAAUCUCCUAUCGAGCAACAGUUGCAAAAGUAAUGAAGAGUCCGGUUCGUACAGUGGUGGUAGUGGUGCUGCAGGUGGUGGUGGUGGUGGAGGAGGAUCUGCGAUCGCCGGUGGCAGUGGAGCGGGCGGUGGUGUAUCCGGAGGAUCCGGAGGCGGCAGUGGCCAGUGCAACACGAUCAACAACCAAUUGCAGCGAAAUAAUAGUAAUGCUUCAAAUCAGUAUAUGAAUAAUCAGAGCAACAAAUACCAGCAGUCGAUCAACAUUACACGCAACAAUUCGCUAAGCAAUACGGCGAACCAGAGCAACAAUGUGGACAUGGGGGCGGCCGGUCCUUCUCAGCAGUUGAUGGGUUAUCAGCAGCAGCAGCAGCAGCAACAACAGAAUCAAGUGAUAGAUGAGUGCCAACAUCAUCACCAGCAGCAGCAGCAGCAUUCGCAAAGCCAUUUGCAUCAAGUUCCUCCUGGGUUGAUUUCCACACAGCAACCGUUUGAAACCCAGCAGCACCAACAACACCAUCACAAUCCGGUUUCUCAUCAGCAGCAGGUUGUGGGAUCGGGACCACCGAUGUCAUCGCAGUCACAUCAAUCGUACCAACACCAACAACCCAUACAGUCCCUUCACCAGCAGCAACAGCAACAUGUGUUGGUGGGUGGAGCGGAAACACUUCCGUCUUCCGGGCAUCCACCACAACAAUCACAUCACACACCACUAAACCAGUCGAACUCGCUCGACCUGGGUGAGCUGCAGUUUCACACGAACCCAAUAAACCUUGGGCUGGCUAAUAAAACUCAUCCGAAGGCGAGUGGGCACAAGAAGUAUCCACUUUCGCUACGAUCCUGUCGGGAUGCCGGUGCGGGAGGUGAAGGAAGCAGCGGAUGCUACGUGUCUGGCGGUGGUGAUAUGAAUUUAGCAUCGGCCUGUACUUAUCAGCACGAUUCCAAGUCGACGUCCAAACUAUUCGAGGCGCUGAAAGAGAACGUCUACCAGGAGGUGAAGAACCUGAUCACAGCCAACGAGUCCCGGCCGCACUUUCUGAUUCAGCUGUUCCGCGAGCUGCAGCUGAUCUCUUCUGAUCCGCUACGUCAGAGGACACUACAGUCGAUUCAGGAACUGUACAAUCGAUACAUCGAAUCGACGCUGCAGGAAGAGAACCACGUUAACAAUGUGGGCAGCAAUAAUCUGCUCACUUCAUCGGGCACCAGUUUGGGCGAUGCUGUUGCGACCGGUGUUGGUGCUGGUGUCGUGGUGGACGAAUGUGCUUCGAUGGGAGAUGGGGUGGAAGGAACGGGACGCUUGGAUGGACACAACGCGUCGGCGUCGCAUGAAGGAAGAAACGUUGAUUUGGCCGUCGAGUUGGAGGUCGUUCAAAACUAUACAAAUCUUCGUCAACAGCAGCAACAACAACAGCAGCAGCAACAGCAGCAACAGCAACAACAUCAUCUGUAUCACUUCCCCUCAGCAGCACCAGCAGAGUCUUCAUCGGCUGGGGGAAAUCUCCAACAACCUUCCGGUGAGCUGUCGACUCAAUCCACUUCGAAUGGAGCACCACAGGUUGCCGGAACGGGCCCGAAUCGGGCGUCCAAUCAAGAACAGCUCGUUCCACUGGCGGUGGCCAACUCGGAAAUCAUCAACAUCAUCAUGGGAGACAUUGUGGCGGUGAUCAACUCGGUGGAUUAUAUAAACGAUUCGGUGCUGUUCAAGAUUGCGGGAGUUAUUUGUAAUCACGCCGCCGCCGGUGGAAGCGUCAACGAUGCGGAUUACGGCCAUGAAGGAAGAGUAGGAGGGGUACACCAUCAUCAUCACCACCAACAUCACUAUCAUCACCAUCAUGGACCACCGCAGCAGCAAUCUUCACGGGCGCCGCCGUCGGGAGUCACCGCAUCGUCGUCGACGGCUGCGAAUUCACUGCUGGCAGCUGCAUCAUUUUUGUCCACUCAAAGUGACAAUGGUCAGCAAGCAAUAAGUGUUACUGCUGGUGGUAGUGAGAGUGUGUUAAGCCGGGAGGAUUUCUUGCGGCACCUGGAAAGCUGGAAUCGUACGGAUAAGGAUGAGUUUAUUUCGAACCUGGAAAAUUUCCUCAACAACAUUCUGUUACGUUCGUCUGCGGUGGAGGGUGAGGCCGAAGAGGAAGAGGACGCCAUCGAAGCAUCGGGACCCAUAACGGGAGGUGGAUCAGUCCAGUCUGAGGCGAACAGUUCAUCCGCUGUUGGUGGUGUCAUUUCUUAUGAAGGAAGUUAUACCGCACCUUCCGGAAGUGGCGUUGGAGGUGGAAGACGUGCAAGUGGUAGUGGUGGUGGUGGGAGUGUUUUGAUAAGAAGCAUCCCCGAUGGAAACCCGUUCAUCGUUGACCACCGUCCGCAGGAGUCGGCCGUGGCCGUGGUUAGCUCGAGUUCCGUGUCGAACGGAUACGCUUCGACAACGUACGAUCUGGCCGAAGCGGAUCAGGUUUGCGAUCUAGACAGUUCUACCGGCAGUCAGCAGCGGUUGGCACAGGGAUCGCGAGUGAUUUCAUCGGUUGCAAGUACGAGUUCCACUAGUGGCGGCACCCUUCCGAUGGGUCAGUCUCUUGUUGAGCAACAUACGGCGGGUCAUCCGGUGGAAUUAGCCUCAACGUUUGACGAUCGAUGGACGGUGGUGGUGCAGAAGAAACCGAUCACGACGCCACAGCCAGACGAUGAGCAACCGAUGAUGGCAUCGACUGGAAGUAGCGCUUCCGCAGCGGCCAACAGUGGCAUAUCGAGGAUGGGCUCUGGAAGCUCUCAGCAACAGCAACAACAGUUGCAUUCUCUACCAGCUGCUGCCGCUGCUGCCGGUGGCCAAAGCGCGUCGACAUCCGGCGCUGCUAGUGGUGGAGGCAACAACGGGAAUAACAUCAACAACAACUGGCAAUCGGAGGAGGUUGCCGAUGAGCAUUUAGAACACACGGAGGAACAACAAGCAUCCUCCUACUACUGAAUGACUUUCCGACGGAUCCCACCACUUUACCGGAAGUAUUACAUCAUCAUGGAAUCAUGGAAUCAUCAUCGCUGGAAGCAUUGCCAACAUUUAUCCAUUUGCAAAAUAGACAAACAACAAAAUGCAAUCAACAUGCCGUACACAUCGGUACCUUAAAUAGACACACCCCCCAUGAUCGUCGCAUUUUCUCUCUCUCUCUCACCUGCUCUCUCUAGGGAAAAGUAGCUCGUUGGAGGGACGGUAGCAUUAACUCACGCGAGUGUGCAAACUCACUUUCUCCAUACUUACUCAUAACUGUAGCGGCAACCAAGUCCAUACAACACGAAGCAUAAUAUAUUCAAUGAU